AUGUCGUUAUUUAAUCCAGAAGACCCGUUUGAAAUUGACUUGAUUUCAAUUACCGAGCGAGCUGCUGUUUUCAACGUUGAAAUAAAGAGAAUUAACGCCAAAAUGGACAACGCGAUAAUGUCUUAUAAAGAUUUCGUAACUUACAUCGAAGCAAUUCUGGCCAUAUCCAACUCCACCUCUGAUUAUUGGAAAUUAAACGUAGUAAACGAUAAUAAAUUUUUAACAAAAAAACAAAGCGUCCUAUUGGAAAAUCCCGAAGAUAUCAACGAGCGAUUAAUCGCCACUUUCGAAUACCACGUCGUUUACAACAUAAGCUAUGCGGUACCAGUUUUGUGCUUCGACGUUUGGAACCAAAACGGCUCGAGAAUCUCGCUCGAAGAUUAUUGGAAAUACAACAAACACCUGCGAGAUUUCAACAUGCACGACACCCUCACGCAAACCGACCAUCCUGCUCUAAACCGACCGAUCUUCGCCUUCCACCCCUGCAAAACCCACGAGAUAUUGAAAGGAUUCGCGAGGACCAGCAAAAAUCCGAUAGUUUCUUGGCUGAGCGUCGUCCGGCAUUUCGUGCAUUUGGAACUGUUAGAAACUUAUAUAAAAAACUGUUGA